UUAUAAACGCGGUGGAAUUGCUCCUGACACUCGGGAAAUUCAAUAUGGCUCUUCCCUACAAACACGCAGGAACAUUCCUACGCAGCGGUGGUAUCAAUGCGGCUGUAAACAAGCAAGCAAAGCUUCUGAAUCUAAAACCGGCCAAACGCAUUGUCUUCACUUUUGAUCCGUUUGGGGCAAAUGUGACUUCCAUAAGGGAUGCCUUGUUUCACAUGAGCUCAUCAUAUACACAAGAUACAAACCCGAAGUGUAUUGUCAAACCAAAUAUCAUAAGCACCAGAGCAAACCCUACAAUAGAUAUCACACUCGAAAGUGGUCAAAAGCUUCUUGUCAAGACGGAAAAUCUUAAAACAUUAGAAAUAUUGCAGUUGUUCAAUAAAUUUGUUAGCAGCCAGUUUAAGCCAGAAGAAAUAGCAACAACAGUAAAACUGACUAAAGCUCUGAAGAAGAAGAAAUAAGUUGCAUAGUUUAAAUUUGUAAAUAUUGUAAAUUAAUUUUGUAUUUAAAACUAUAAUAACAAAACAGAGGACUUGGACAUCAGAGAAGAGAGCAACUAAGAGUCAUUUAAAGUCUUGCUACAUCAAAGUGAUAAAUCUACAGUAAAAGAAAAAUGUCUACUCAGGCUCAGAGAAAAUAUGAAGCUACUUUGAGUAUUGUUAACAAGGUUUAUGAUAGUGUCCCAGCCUUCACUGAUGUUUUUGAUGAAGAAAGCUGGUACAUAUUUGCUGGCUGCUUCACUGCAGCCACAAUCAUUCUUUCAUUGGUUGCAUCAAAAUUUAUUGUCCUUAAACCAGUGGACUGAUCUUGCGGGUUGGCAGAAAUGUGUUAUAUCCCACCUCAUUUUCUUUUUAAACCUUGUCAGGAGCAAAAUCUGCGAUGGCUUAUCCUUGUCAUCUAGUCACGGGUAAAAUCAACCAAAAAUUGUUAUCGUGGAAUUUAAGGGUUAGUUAUUGUAGAAUUUUAAUUUGUGGAAAUUUGGUAUGAUUAUAAAUUUCCUUUGGCAAACCACCAUUCCAAAAGAUUAGAUCCCUAAAUUUCCAGUGGUAAUAUUUUUCCUGCCUUUUACAUCUAUAAGAAAUUUUAAUGUGCAACGGUAACUCUUAUGCAAGCCUCCUUUAAUUAAAAUUUUCUUAAAGUAUUGUUUGAUAACUUUUAGAAAGGUUCAUGAAAGUAUAUUACGUUAGAAUUGCAAAUUCAAAUUUUUGGACAAGGCAUGUACUAGGAGUUACCGUGUUGCAGUUUGCUUCUCCGCAAGGUAACUGUCGACUUGAAACAUUUUAUGCCACAAGUUCUCCUUAUAUUACCUGUUUAUAAGUUAGCAUUACCGUUCAUUUAUUACUGUUCACAUCUUGUAUUACUGUGGUGCCCAUUUGGUUUUUCCAGUUACCUUAUGUUGUAUUAUUACCUUAUAUUGUUAUUUUAUAUCCUCAAAAUUCAUCAUCUUGGUGCUUUUAAGAACGGUGUUCCCAGCAAUUCAACUAGCCAAGUGCCAUUACCAUGAUACUUCUCUAAGUAGCUCUAGUCUAGAUGAUCUUAUAUUUGAAAUACAGUGCAUUUUAAUGUUACUCAAAUGUGUUUAUAAUAUUGAGUGUUUAUAAUAUCCCAUUAAACAGAUAGUCCUCAUACAA